UACAAUACACCAGCGUUCCUAUUUUCUUCUUCCUUCUUACCCCCAACAACUCCCUCACACACCACCACAGCACUAGUUUUUCUCCCCUGCAACUUCUUUAUUCCUUGGUCAUUUUCUUGUUCUUUCCAUGUAUGUAUUUCAUUUUAGCACCUCCAACCAAAAGUUGAAUCUUGUAUAAUGUAUUACUCUGUAUCCUGUGAUAUAUUCCAUACAAGUGUUCGUGAAGAAGAAGAAGAAGGUAUUUUUCAUGAGAUUUCCAACCUAUCGUACAUUCUCUUCUAGCACUGCUGAAUACAUACUCACAAGCUAUCUGCUGCUGUGUUUGGAUUUUUCUGCAAAAUGGCCAGUGUUGAGAACAACCAAAACAUUGAACAGGAAGAUGACGAGGUGAACGACUCGAAGAUUGAUCCGUUACUUGGCGAUUCUCAUGAAUACACCAUUGCAGCGGUAGGGAAUGUCACGGAUGCGGAAGGGGUGGAUCCAUCUCCGGCGCCGUCAACCGAUAUGGUGCUGUUGUUAAAGGAAGAACCGGAGGAAAACGAAUUGCGAGUUUCUACGUCAGUUGGGAUGAAUAUGCAAUUGCAAAAGGUAGAGAAACAGCCGGUGAAAAGAUCUUCAAAGGACCGGCACACGAAAGUCGAAGGCCGUGGUCGGCGAAUCCGUAUGCCGGCAGCUUGUGCUGCUAGAAUCUUCCAAUUAACGCGGGAACUAGGUCAUAAAUCGGAAGGUGAAACUAUAAGGUGGCUUCUAGAACGCGCCGAGCCAGCAAUCAUUGCCGCUACUGGAACGGGUACGGUUCCGGCCAUCGCCAUAUCAGUAAACGGAACGCUGAAAAUACCGACGACUUCUCCGGCGGCAAAUAACGAGGGAGAAAGCUCGACGAAGAGAAGGAAAAGGGCUGCAAAUAGCGAGUUUUAUGAGGUACAUGAGGCGUCAAAUUUUGCACCCGUGGCUCCCAUUGCCCCACAAGGUCUUGUUCCUGUCUGGCCAGUGGGCUCUGGGAAUGGACUUGUACCAACCACUGCAUUUACCGGUGGGGCAACUUUCUAUAUGCUGCCGCCAGGCACUAAUACAACAGUUGGGGCUCAGUUGUGGGCCACUCCAAUAUUUAACGUACCUGGAAGACCCAUUUCAAAUUUUGUAUCUGCAAUGCAACCUGGUAUGGGUUAUGCAGCAGGAGGGGUCUCUGCUGCUAAUGAGGUUCAUUUGAGCAGCUCUUGUGUGUCAAAAAGUGAUAACAUUGGAGACAAGUUAAGCAUUGUUGCUUCAGCCAUGGCUCCAAGUUCGAGUUCUACUGGUUCCACAACUACAAGUACUACACAGAUGGUUAGAGAUUUUUCAUUGGAGAUUUAUGACAAGAGAGAGCUUCAGUUUAUGGUUGGUUCUGGUUCCAGUGAAAAUGAUCAAACUUCCUCUUCUAAAUCCUGAUUAGGGUUCUAGAACUUUUGUUUUUUUAAUGUCUUCUGGUAAGCAUCUAGCUGUAGUUUUUCAAAAGAUUUUUUUUGGGUCUAGUUCGUAGCUGCUUUAACAUUUUGCUUGUAAAUUAGGUUAGAAAAAGCAAAUGGAAUUAGAAUCUGAUUCCUCCGGUAGGAAAGGAGGUUGCUCUGCUGUGAUGUGAUGACAUGGGUUGGUCAAUUUUCAAUGUCA